AGUGUGGAUGUGCGCGCGCGCGCUCUGGACGCUACUUGAAGUUUUCGUCAGUGCACGCGCUGCUGUUCUUCCCCUCAGAAAGGUGCUGAGGCGCCGCGGAUGUUCUCUCCUCCUCCUCCUCCUCCUCCUCUCAGGAGCGCCUUUAUCAUGGAGAACCGGGUUCUGCGCUCCGUGUCGGUGCCGUGAAGCCUCACCGGAGUCAUGUGGAGCUGUACAGGCGCCUUCCUGCACUCCGUCUGCCUCAUUCUGACGGUUUGGUCUGAGGUGUGCUGGUGUGCCUAUGGUUACGUGGAGCUGCGUGUGAUCAGCGUGGAGAACAGGAACGGGGAGUUGGCGAACGGCAAGUGCUGCGGUGGAGAGAGGGGCGUGGGGCGGGGCCAGGAGUGUGGCACUGUGGAGUGCAAAACGUAUUUCAGGGCGUGCCUGAAGGAGUACCAGGUGGAGGUCAUGACCUCGGGCCCAUGCACGUACGGAACGGCGAGCUCGACCGUCAUCGGCGGGAACUCGGUUCGGCUUGAUGGAUUCGAUAAUAACCGGAGCAAAGGCAGCGGUGUUGGGACUUUAAUCAUUCCGUUCAAUUUCGCCUGGCCGCGAGCGUACACACUGAUCAUGGAGGCGUGGGACUGGGACAACAGCACUGUCACUGCUGACAAUGAGGAGCAGCUGAUAGAGCGCAGUGUGUAUCGUGGAGAGAUGAACCCUGGUGAUGAGCGUCAGCUGAUCCAGCACCGCGGCCGGACUGCCACGUUCCAAUACAGCGUACGUGUGCGCUGCGAUCGCUAUUACUAUGGCAACAAGUGCAACAAACUGUGCCGACCUCGCGACGACCCCUUUGGCCACUUCGAGUGCGAUCACCACGGCAACCUGCAAUGUUUGGAGGGCUGGACUGGAUCCGACUGCAAGAAAGCGAUCUGUAAGCAGGGCUGCAGUGAGCUGCAUGGAAGCUGCACCGUCCCGGGUCAGUGCACGUGUAGUUACGGCUGGCAGGGUCCUCUGUGUGACGAGUGUGUGCCGUACCCAGGCUGUGUUCACGGCACGUGUGUGAAGAAGUGGGAGUGUAUCUGUGAGAAGAACUGGGGCGGGUUGCUCUGUGACAAAGACCUGAAUUACUGCGGGAGUCACCGGCCGUGUGUAAACGGAGGGACGUGUAUGAACACCGAGCCGGAUGAGUACCGCUGCGUUUGUCCCAACGGCUACUCGGGCAAGAACUGUGAGAUAGUGGAACAUGCGUGCAUGUCCAACCCAUGUGCCAACGGUGGGACGUGCCAUGAGAUUUUAUCAGGAUUCGAAUGCCACUGUCCCUCAGGGUGGUCAGGGACGACCUGCGCCAAAGACAAAGAUGAGUGCAUGUCCAGUCCUUGUGCACACGGAGGAACCUGCAUCGAUCAGGACAACGGCUUCAAGUGCGUGUGUCCACCACAAUGGACCGGAAAUACCUGCCAGAUAGACGUGGAUGAGUGCAUGAAGAGGCCUUGUGCAAACUCGUACUCAUGUAAAAAUCUGAUUGGCGGAUAUCUCUGUGCCUGCUAUCCAGGGUGGGCGGGACCAAACUGUGACAUCAAUAUUCACACGUGUUAUGGCCAGUGUCAGAACGGCGGCACGUGUACAGAUGGGCAUCAUGGCUAUGUGUGCCAGUGCCAGCCGGGGUUUGUGGGUAAGCACUGUGAGGUGCAGCAGAGUGCGUGUGUGAGCUCGCCAUGUCAGAACGGUGGUCAGUGUCACGCCACACACACCACCUACGAGUGUCAGUGUGUGAGUGGAUACACAGGGACACACUGCGAGGUACAGGUGGAGCCGUGUGUUCCUAACCCAUGUGUAAAUAAAGCUCAGUGCCACGCCCUGCAGUCAGGGUUCUACUGUGAGUGUGCUGAUGGUUACGAGGGCAGAACCUGCGCUGAGCUGACGGACCACUGCAAGCUCAGUUCAUGCCAAGUGAUUGACAGCUGCACCAUAUCCGUGGUGAACAACUCCACCCAGGAAGGGGCUUGGCACAUUUCAUCCAACGUGUGUGGCCCACACGGUCGCUGUAUCAGCCAAUCAGGAGGCAACUUUACCUGCGCCUGUCUACCAGGGUUUACAGGGACCUACUGCCACGAGAAUGUUAAUGACUGCGCUCCGUCUCCCUGUAUGAACGGGGGAACGUGUUUAGACGGCAUUAACUCGUUUAGCUGUGUCUGCCAUAACGGAUGGGAGGGUCAGCUCUGUGACCACGAGGUAAACGAGUGUAAGUCGGAGCCGUGUAUGAACGGUGGCGUGUGUGUCGACCUGCUCAAUGAUUUUUACUGCCGAUGCACGGACAACUGGAAGGGCAAGACCUGUCAGUCACGAGAAAGUCAGUGUGACUCCAUGACGUGUUUGAACGGAGGAAGCUGCUUUGAUCAUGGAGACUUGUACCGCUGUGUGUGUCCCCCUGGUUUCAGAGGCAGUACCUGUAACUCAGCGAUGAACAGCACUUGUGACUCUCAGCCAUGUGCUAACGGAGGGACCUGUGUUGGAGGGGGUGGAUCUUUCACCUGCAUCUGCAAGGAUGGGUGGGAGGGGCCUACUUGCACUGAGAAUGUUGAUGACUGUAAUCCUCACCCAUGUUAUAAUGGAGGUGAGUGUGUGGACGGAGUGAACUGGUUCCGGUGUCAUUGUGCUCCUGGGUUUGACGGCCCCGACUGUCGCAUCAAUGUAGACGAGUGUCAGUCGUCUCCCUGCUCUUACGGAGCCACGUGUGUGGACGAGAUUAACGCUUAUCGGUGUGUGUGUCCUCUGGGACGAGCUGGAGCUCGCUGUCAGGAGUUUAUCGGUGUUGGAAAGGCGUGUCAGCACUUGGGCGUGUCUGUUCCUCACGGCUCCCGCUGGGAAGACGACUGUAACAGCUGUCAGUGUAUGAACGGAAACAUCAAGUGCACCAAAGUGCAUUGCGGCGGUCGGCCCUGUCUGCUCGGCUCUCAGGACCCUUGGUGUGCUGGAGGUCAGGACUGCACGCCGCAUCACUUCCUGUUUUGUCUCUGCCCACCCUGCCAGCAGUGGGGCGUGUGCGCCGAUCCUAAUCUUCCACCAAUCAGCACUGAGUGUCAGCCCAACACCAAUUACGCAGACAGCGACUGCGCACGCGUCACCCUCGUGUUCGAUACAGACAGCGUGCCUCUGGGAACAACUGUUGAUGGGAUCUGUUCCGAACUCCGAUAUCUCCCGAUCACUCGAACUCUUGCCCAAGACCGCACGCUCUUUAUUCUCUGUGACCAAUCGCAAUCGAGCAACAACGCCGUGGAGGUUGCCAUGUCAUUUGAACAGAGUGCUGCGUUUGAGGAGCACACAGACAUACAGGAAGUAGUCAGCUCCAUUAUCGGUGUCCUCUCCAAACGCCACAACAGCACGCUGCUGCUGGCCAUCCGAGAGGUCAACGUUGAAACACAGGCCACGCCCAAAUUGCCAGAUUACCUAGUCCCGCUGCUGUGCGUGUUGUUCUCCGUGUUGUGGAUCUCCUGCACGGUGGUGUGUGUCUGCUGGUUCCGCAAGCGCAGAAAACAAAGAGAACGCAUCGAUGCACCAGUGGAGGAGAGCAUCAAUAACCAGCGUAGAGCGUUUCUGAGCAUUCAGCCCUCUUACAGAGAGGACAGGAGGAGUGUGACGUAUCCACUGGACAGGAUCGGAGACGGAGCGGAGAGACAGGACGAAGACGAGGAUGACGAAGGAGAGGAAGAAGGCAGCUCAGGGCUGGUGGUGGACAAGUGCCCUUCCUUAAAGUACACUAAAGGGGAGGUAGUGUACACCGUUCACACCGCAGCCCAAACACAUCCUUUAAGGACGCACUACAGCACCAAAGACAACCGGUGUAAAGACGUGAACCGGAGCGAGCGAGUCAACGAUCGCUAUGUAUGAGCAAAACUGUCUGCAGCUCGUCCAGAUUUUUCACACUCUCCUCUUCCUGUUUACACUUACGUCAUUAUUUGCGUUGUGUUUUUCUGUAAAGUCAAAAAGGACCUGUCUCUAUGGACUCGAUAGGAAAUUUGGUUGAAGGCGGCUCUACAACCUCGAUUCCAAAAAAGUCGGGACGCUGUGUAAAAUGUAAAUAAAAACAGAAUGCAAUGAUUUGCAAAUCCUUUUUGACCUACAUUCAAUUGAAUACAAUACAAAGACAAGAUAGUUAAUGUUCAAACUGAUCAACUUUAUUGUUUUUUCGUAAAUGUACACUCAUUACGAAUUUGAUGCCUGCAACACGUUCCAAUAAAGUUGGGACAGGGCAAUAGGAGCCUGGGAAAGUUGUGGUGUGCACAAAAAUACCACCUGUCUAGAACAUUCUACAAGUAAACUGGUUAAUGUGUCAUUGGAAAGACUCAACUACUCACAAGCAAGGAUGGGGUGAGGUUCACCGCUUUGUGAAAAACUGCGUGGGUGAACAGUCCAACAGUUUAAAAACAACGUUUCUCAGUGUAUAGUUGUAAGGAAUUUAGGGAUUUCACCUUCAACCAUCCAUAAUAUCAGCAAAAGAUUCAGAGAAUCCAGAGAAAUCUCUGCACGUAAGGAGCUAAAGAUCAACACUGGACUUCAGUCCCUCAGGCGGCACUGCGUUAAAAACCGACAUAAUAGUAUAAAGGACAUGACUACAUGGGCUCAUCGGAGAAAGAAGCCCAGAACAAGACAAAGUGGAGGAAGAUUGUCAGUGGUCUAUGUUCCUCUUUGGAGCCACAGGCUUAAGCAAGUAAGUAAACAUGGGCUCGGGAACACUUCAGAAAACCAUCAUCAGUAAACACAGUUCAUCGCUGGAUCUACCCUGGAAAGAGAAGGUCAAAUAUCAACAACAUCCAGAAACACUGGUGAAUUCUCUGGGCCUGAGCCCAUCUGAGAUGGAUUGAAGCAAAGUGGAAAAGUGUGCUGUGGUCUGACGAGUCAACAUUUCAAAUUGUUUUUGGAUAUCAUGGACCAGGAAAAGGACCAUCAAGAUUGUUCCCAGCACAAAGUUCAAAAUCCAUCAUCUGUGAUGGUACAAGGGUGUGUUAGUGCCCAUGACAGGGGUAACUUGCACCACCAGACAGUGUUUUUUUUCAAGGAUGUCCCUGUUUAUCCAGCAAGACAAUGCCAAACCACAUUCUGCACGUGUUACAACAGCAUUGCUUCAUCGUAAAAGAGUGCAGGUGCUAAACUGGCCUGUCUGCCUCACAUUGAAAAUGUGUGGUACAUUAUUAAGCACGAAAUACAACAAUGGGAGACCCCAAACUGUUGAGCAACUGAAGUCAGAUAUCAAGCAAGAAUGGGAAAGAAUUUCACAAUCAAAACUUCAACAAUUGGUGUCCUCAGUUCCAAACACUUCGUGUUGUUCAAAGAAAAGCUGAUGUAACACAGUCAUGAACACGCCCCAUCCCAACUUUAUUGGAACGUAUUGCAGGCAUCAAAUUCAGAAUAAGUGUAUAUUUAUUUUUUAAAAAAUACAAAAGUUGAUCAGUUUGAACAUUAAAUAUCUUGUCUUUGUAUUUUAUCCGAUUGAAUGUAGGUCAAAAAGGUCAAAAAUCAUUGCGUUCUGUUUUUAUUUCCGUUUUACACAGCAUCCCAACUUUUUUGGAAUGGGGCUGUAGGAACGGCAACUCAGAUUUUGAUCUUGAUGUGUGUGAAACGUGUGUAACGCGUCUCAUUAGCGUAUUUUCCAGACUGUAAGAUGUGUUUAUUCCUCUGGUCAUUGCUGGUGCAACGUUAACAGCAAAGUGAUGUUCAUAUUAUCGUUUUUAUAUGAGCAUAUUGUUACCAUCUUGUUCCAUCACAUAAAUAUACCGUUCAAAGUAUCUACAAGAGGUGUGAAAUCCGGCAGAGAUAUUCUAUCACGAUACUUCAGGAUGAAUCCUGAGUCACACGCAUGAAACAACAUGUUAUUGUUUGUCGUUCGUCAUUUAUUUUAUGACAAAAUUGCUUUAAAAUUGCUGAUAAAACUAUAAGUUCAAUGCUAUUUUUAUUCAGAUAGACAGUAAUUACUAUAAAUAUACAGAAUUAUUUUUGAAUUUUUUUCCUCCAAGCCAGUUGCAGCUGGAUUUUCAUAAAUAUGUUUUUCAAAAGAAACAAGGGGAAAAUAUUCCCAGCAGUAAACAAUGACUCUAAUUUAAGGUCAGUUUCAGUAGUUAAGCAUAAAAUAAAAGAGAGUUUACUAAGUUUAGGGUUUUUAUUCCUCCAUAAAACUGGCAAGGCAAUUCCCAGCAAUAGAAAAUUACACGAAUGUCUAAAUUAAGUCAUUAAAAUAAUCAUAAAACUUUAACAAGAAACUCAAGGCAAAAACCUUGAUAGUAGAGAACAAUAAUAAUAAUAAUCAGGAACGACAGCACAAAAUGCGACUGAGCUGUUGAGAGUUUCUAAGUAACAGGCAGUAGGUUAAAGGGGAUAGAAAUAUCAUACCGUAGCUGCAAUACGUUUAGGAAAAUAUAUAUCGCGAUGUUGCAGUAUUGAUAUCAUAUAAUUAUAUCGUCAACCACUAAGUGAGAAAUAAAGUGAAAUCAUAUGCUUCAGUCAUUAUGACGCCUGUAAUAAAACACCGAAAUCACCGAACUGAAGCUAAAUCAGGAAAAUAACAGUUAAAUGCGGACACUGAAUUUUAACUUCAUGUGAUCAGGAUAGACGAGCUGUUCAAUGUUGUUUUUCUGAAGAACACUGGUUGUCAUCGUUAAUGAACAUUUUGUCCAUUCAUGCAACUUGGGCAAUAAGGAAUCGUGCUGUUUCCUGAUCUUGUCUCUAAUCAGACAGAAUGUAUGGGGGUGGUGGUGGGUGUGUUUACGUUUUAUGUUUGAUAUUCUGGAACAAUCUGUGGUCUGGAAAAUACAGUCCACAGAGGUGACUCGUUGAAAAGUGAACCCUGAACCCUUCACUGUUCAUCUCCUCAUUUGUGUGGAAUCAGUGCCUCGAGUGUGGAACAUUUCAUUUCAACACCGUAUGACGUUUCGCUGUUUCAAGUUCGUCGCCAGUUUUGACAGGAAGUUGAAAAGGUUUUUGCUAUUUACACAUUCACAGAGAAAGACGAAAAAUAAAUGUAAAAAAAAAAGUGUAAAAAAAAAACGUGUACAUGUGUAAAUAGGAGAGUUAUAGCUGUGUAUAUUUGAGUUUAGUAACUUAAGAGACUUUUUUAUUUUUUAUUAUUAUUAUUGUUGUUAUUCUUAUAAUUAUUAGUACUAAUUAUGUUUCUGUCAAAUACUUGCGCUCCAGUUUCCUUUUUUAAUAUUGUCAUUCCUAUUAUUUAUGUUGGCUCGAUGCCUUAAUUAUUCUCCAUCGAUAAAUCCCUGGAGCGCUUCUGAUCACGAUGUCUCUGCUCAUUGUUUUGCUCUGAAGUCUGUAAUCAGGAAUCUGUUAGACUUUGUGGAAAGAAUUUGUUUCGAAUGAAAACGUUUUACUUCUCAAA